AUGUCCGCAACGCGCGAUCAAAUGGCGACACAGCAGCCACAGUCGCUGCCCUCCUUCUCCCAGACCUUCAACGCCCCCUCGCUGAGCAGGCUCGCCUCGAACGACAACGCCCUGCCGCCCAUUCACCGUCUCACCUCGCCGCAUGGCCGCUCGCGUGGCUCCCCGUCUGCACGCAUGUCCCCGCAGCGCACCGAAGAUACCAGGCAGAACCAGCGGAAACGUCUGCACGCAGACACCUCGCCUGUAGAGGACCGGGAUGGCGGGGCAGACUCAGAGUACGUCGUCGCCGUCCCUACAACUGUCAUCGCUGUCCCUACCGCUGUUGUCGCUGACAAUAGCACCAGGCAGAAUCAACGGAGACGUCUGCACGCAGACACCUCGCCUGUAGAGGAUCGAGAUGGUGGGGCAGAAUCCGAGUACGUCGUCGCCGUCCCUACAACUGUCAUCGCUGUCCCCACCGCUGUUCUCGCUGUCCCUACCGCUGUUGUCGCUGACAAUAGCACCAGGCAGAACCAACGGAGACGUCUGCACGCAGACACCUCGCCUGUAGAGGAUCGAGAUGGUGGGGCAGAGUCAGAGUACGUCGUUGCCGCCCCUGCCGCUGUCGUCGCUGACAAGAGCGCCGUCGGCAGUUCGCACCGAUCCCCUCGGGCGGUGCGCAUCAAAGCCAACGAUACCAGGCAGAAUCAACGGAAACGUCUGCACGCAGACACCUCGGCUGCAGAGGACAGAGAUGGCCGGGCAGAGUCCGAAGAUGGCCGGGCAGAGUCCGAGUACGUCGUCGCCGUCCCUACAACUGUCAUCGCUGUCCCCACCGCUGUUCUCGCUGUCCCUACCGCUGUUGUCGCUGACAAUAGCACCAGGCAGAAUCAACGGAAACGUCUGCACGCAGACACCUCGGCUGCAGAGGGCAGAGAUGGCCGGGCAGACUCCGAGUACGUCGUCGCCGCCCCUGCCGCUGUCGUCGCUGACAAGGGCGCCGUCGGCAGUUCGCACCGAUCCCCUCGGACGGUGCGCAUCAAAGAGGAGGCAGACAAUGACCCCCUCCCCACGAGCACCUCCGAACUGGCUCUCGCGUGCACGUCGCAGGAGGCCAGCGACCAGGCAGUGGCAUCUCGCACCCCAUCAACACGGACGUCAAGAACUCUGCAUCAGACAACAUCAACAACAUUUCGCCUGUUGUGA